UGUGUGGCUUUAUCACGAUGAAUAAGCAGAAAAUAUUUCUGCUCUGGCGGCAUUUGUUUAUGGCCGCUCACAGUUUAAUACUGCUGGUGGUUAAUAAGACGGUGGAGGUUCCACACAAAAGUUUCACCUCUCACGGAAAAAUCAUCAUGAUGAUGAGGAAAGGUGCGUGAAAGUGCAAUAGAGGCAAAAGCAACAAGUACAAGAACAACAUUCGCAACCCUCUCGCACAAGGAUACGCGAGCUUUUGCAAUUAGCGGAGAGAACUUUUUUGGAUAAAGUGGAUUUAAAGUGAUUAAAAAAGGAUUAUUUUUCCAGCGAGACGUGAAAAAUAUGAUUUUUACAUCUAAAGUUUCUUCAUUGCGCAGAGACUUGAAAGUUCAAUCAAUGAACUUUUAGUGGUUAAAAAAAUUGUGGUGGAAUUAGUUGUGAUUGUGAGUUUAAGAAGGACUACAAUUGAACAGUUCCUCCCAGUUUGAUAAACAAUUUUCCUAUAUAGUUUUCCUUCCUCAGAGUUUUCAUUUUAUUUUGUGGGAAAAAUCGUUGAAAAGACUGCGUUAGUAUGCAUAGACCAAAUGGAGUUCAGUGCAAUAGCAAGUGCUACCAAGAGAUACCAAUGGAUGUUGCCGAUGAUUUAGCCCCAAACGGCGACUUGACGUGUUCAUCGCCUUCGUCAGAGAAUGUUGAUUUGAUAAAAGAAGACUCGGGUGAUAUGACAUUCCGCCUCUCGAGGUAUUCCAAAGAAGUGCUAAAAAUGAUGUUUAUGAUGAGAUCCCACCAUAUGCUCACCGAUGUACUCCUUGAGGUGGGCAAGGAGCUCUUUCAUGCGCACAAAGUCGUAUUAUCAGCUGCUAGUCCCUACUUUAAGGCCAUGUUUACGGGUGGUUUGAAGGAGGCUGAAAUGUCGCGUAUUAACCUGCAAGGGGUUUGCCCCACAGCAAUGGGUCAGAUGAUUUAUUUUAUGUAUACUGGGCAAAUUCGUGUUACGGAAGUCACGGUGUGCCAACUACUGCCAGCCGCUACCAUGUUCCAAGUAUCCCAUGUCAUUGAAGCCUGUUGUGCCUUCCUUGAGAGUCAACUCGAUCCCACGAAUGCCAUUGGCAUUUCCAACUUUGCUGAACAACACGGCUGCGAUAGUCUCAAGCAGAAAGCCAUACAAUUCAUCGAGAGGCACUUUACUCAGAUUUGCCAAGAAGAGGAAUUCCUGCAGUUAUCAGCCAUUCAGUUAGUUAGCCUAAUACGGAAGGAUGAGUUGAACGUUCAGGGAGAGCGUGAAGUCUACAAUGCCGUACUAAAGUGGGUGAAGUACGACGAGGACAAUCGUUACCCAAAGAUGGAGCAUAUUUUGUAUGCUGUUCGAUGCCAAUACCUCACACCGAGCUUCCUUAAGGAACAAAUGAAGAAUUGCGAUGUGUUACGAAAGGUGCCGGCGUGUCGGGAGUACUUGGCACGAAUCUUCAAGGAUCUGACGUUGCACAAGAGGCCCGUUGUGAAGGAGCGAAGGCCAAAUACAACGAGGAUGAUCUUCGUAGCGGGGGGCUAUUUUAGGGCGUCCUUAGACGUUGUGGAGGCAUUCAAUGUGGACGAUAGAACGUGGACGACGCUACCGCAGCUACGUACUCCACGUUCUGGUCUUGGUGCAGCCUUCCUCAAAGGAACCUUUUAUGCAGUUGGUGGACGCAACAACACUCCAGGGUCUUCCUACGACUCCGACUGGGUUGAUCGAUACAAUCCUGUGACGGAACAGUGGAGACCAUGUUCCCCAAUGACUGUCCCAAGGAAUCGUGUUGGUGUUGCCGUCAUGGAUGAGCUUCUCUAUGCCGUGGGAGGAGCAGCUGGCUCUGAGUAUCACAAUACAGUAGAAUACUUCGAUCCAGAAGACGAUCGAUGGGUCUUGGUGCAGCCGAUGCAUUCCAAACGUCUCGGGGUCGGAGUGGCCGUCGUUAAUCGAUUGCUUUACGCAAUCGGUGGAUUUGACGGGAUUAAUCGUCUGGCGACUGUUGAGUGUUAUCAUCCGGAGAAUAAUGCUUGGACAUGUCUGCCAUCGAUGCAAAUUGGACGCAGUGGAGCAGGAGUUGCAGCACUUAAUCAGUACAUUUACGUUGUUGGUGGAUUCAAUGGGCAGUCUCAGCUGUCGUCCGUUGAGCGCUUCGAUACAGAGCAACAAAUCUGGGAGAUGGUGGCUGAGAUUAGGAUUGCAAGGAGUGCUCUAUCCUUGACUGUUCUCGAUGGGAAACUCUACGCCAUGGGAGGCUUUGAUGGGCAACAAUUCCUCGCCAUUGUUGAGGUGUAUGAUCCCAUAAGGAAUACCUGGGAGGAGGGAACACCCCUCACAUCUGGACGUUCAGGACAUGCAUCAGCUGUUAUCUACCAGCCGUGUGGGAUGAAUGCCUUGGCGGAAGCGGUGGAGACAUGUGCAAGUCGCGACAAUGACAAUAAGACACGUGAGGAGGCGUCAAAUGGGCCACAAGCAGAUGGGGGAAUGCCACAGUGUGGAGAGGGUGAAAGUAGGGGACUCUGUGGCGGAGGUGGUGGCAAUCGAUGUGCUGAGAAGUGUGAUGACGAUGAACUGCCGGACAGGAGGAAAUCUCGCGUAAUCAACUACACAAAACCCGAUUGCAAUCUCAUAAAGAGCAUGUGGGCUAAUCUCAGUCAGGGUUGCACCGAGAGACGAAGAAGUGUUGCCGAGAUGAGGAUUCAGGAAGCCACAGAAUCCGAGAAUGCAGCAGGCGUGGAAGUAAGGACUAAUGAAGGAAGCAGCGGAGCGGGAAUUGCUAGAAUUACCGAAGAAGAACCCCCAGAAGAUCCUCCGGAGGAAGAAGUACGGGGAGGAGGAAGUGAAGAAAAUUCCCGGAAUCCUUUUGUGUUCAGCGCCGAAGCAAGGAGCAGCACGAGUAGCAGCAGCAGCAGCAAGAUAGAUAAUCCCAAAAAGUGUCGGAGAAAAUGCAUGGAGGGGCAUUUCUACACAAACUACCGCCUGAGGGUCAUGAGAGCGUACUAUGACAUGGUUAAGCGAAAUAUCAACAGUAUUGUGAGGCUGUCCGGUCGCAAUAUCAACAGUUUGCGCCUCAAAAGUGGACGAUGUCGCGUCUUGGCGGAAAGGAGGCGCCUCCAGGAAGCAACAAAGGCAACGAUGACUCCCAGGUAGCAUCAAAUCAGCACUACAAAUGGAGAAUUAAUUUAUUUUUUUAAAUCUAAAGAAAAUGAAGAAAAUCAAAUCAAACGUUCCAUUUACUCUACACACAGAAAGGAAAAGAAAACAUUCCCGUGAUGAGUAGAAAUUUUCAUUUUUUUUUGUAUAAAAACUCAAAUGUUAAGGAUUAAAGCAAAAGGAGAUUUUAUUUCUCCUUAAAAGAGCUUUCGACUGAGAUUUUUUUGGGAAUUAAAAAGUGAGAUUAUUUGCAAGUUUAUUAUCCUGUUAAUUUUAAAAGAGAAAAACGGAAAAGGAUAAAAGUCUUGUAAAGGAGAAUCUCAGUUAUGAUGUAAUUAAAAAAAAAAGAAAAUCCCUUUAAUUUUAUCAUUGUACAACUUAGAAACAAUAAAUUGUACGUAAUUUUAAGGAUUUAA